AAUUGGUCCCUCGCAAGACAGCAGGCCUAUUGCCGCCAUGGAAGAGCGCGUGUGCCGCAUUUGCUUCAGCGAGGAGCAGCAGCAGGAGGGCCAGGUCUUAAUCUCGCCCUGCAAAUGCGAGGGCUCGCAGAAGUAUAUCCACCUGUCCUGCCUGCGGAAGUGGCAACGUACAGUGCAGCUGAGCGGCUCCAAUCAUCCAGAGGAGCAAGACGCUGAGGACCGGCACACCGUCUGCAACGUCUGCAAAGGCACCUUCGAGCUGCCGCCGCAGGAUCGGGCGGAGAUGAUGUCGGACCUCGCCGGUGUGCAUGCCUCAGACAUAGCCCCGGGCUUGCUGCUGGUCACCAAGCGGAACACCGAGUCCGCGGCGGCCAACAUCGAGAACUUGGCCAUCCGUGCCUUCAUCGAGGCCAAAGCAGCGCAUUUCCGGCGAGCAGUGUACAUCCUCACGGAGGUCACUCCUGGUGCCCGCGACGGAAGUGACGUGGUGCUGGGGGUGAAUCUGUGCCGCGCCCUGGACGCGCCCAGCCUCGAGUGCCUCAGCUGCCGGCUGACGCCAGACCAGCUGGCAGCGGCGAGAACGCGGGGCGUAGAGGUGCUGUGGAUGAACGGCGGCCCGGUGAAACCGCGGCAGGUGUCCGCCAUGGCGGUGCUGCGCAGGGUCCGAGAGAGGUUAGUGGAGGAUGUGCAAGUCUUGCUGUCGGCUGAAGGAGCCUGGGUGGCCCAGGGCAGCCUCGAGGCCGUGCUGGCGCUCGCAGAAGAGGAGGCAGCUCUGACUGAGGGCGAGGAGGUGGCGGUGCUCGCCUGGGCGGGCUUCGCCCAGUGGAGCCGCACCCAGUUGCUGGGCGAGAUGGCCCGGGGAAGCUGGGGCUGGUGCCACGGCGCGGUGGAGGAUGUGCGACUUUCGGCACGCAUCGGCGGUCUCUGGGAGGAUCUCCGUUCCGGCUGCCGCUUGCAGUGGGCGCCCAGCAACGAGCUCUCGAGAGAAUUCGAGCAAAGAUUCGCCGCGCAGCCCCAGGACACUCAGCAGGUGGAGGCGGUCACUGCUUUGGUGCGGGAGUUUGAAGCGCUGAGGAGAGACACAGAGCCUUCGAUUCGCAACGGCCUCGCCUCGAACCGGGGCCGGGCCUUGCAGAGCUGCGCGCACCAGUGAGGCGCCGUCGCGCCUGAAGACUGGGAAGACGCGAAUUGUCGCUUUUGAGUUGCCUCGAGGCAUGACAAUCUUUAUCCCUCCCAAAAUGCACGGCA